CGCGAUCACGUUUCCGGUGUCAUGGCGAAGUAGGAUGUAAACAACAAAAUAUUUUUUAAAGGAACGUUGUGCUUUGAAUGUCAUCAUGAGUGGACCCCUUUCCAGCUUGAGAAAGUCACAAAAACAUCCAAUGUUUGGAUCAAAUAUGGGGGAAAAUGAUGAUGUCCCUAGGCAGCGUCCAGUCCCAUUUCGAAAUCCCCACUACACAGGUAGGACUGUAUCAGAGAUUGAUGAUGAGAGCAAACUACUGGAUGAGAUCACAGGUCACAUGACCACUCAGAAACUGAAGACGCGUGACCCAUUCACAGGAGGACUUCCCAGACUGCCUGACCUGUCUCCACGUGCGGCACAGGGGUUUGGGAUGGCACCUAAGGGUGUUGCUGCUCAAGGACUGGAAAGGUCGUACACUGACCUUGAUGACACAAAUACUCCUCCAAGUGACCAUGAGCUGAUGUCAACCAUGAUGAGUCGUAUCACUCAACUAGAAGCCAAGAUGGCUUAUCAGGCAAAGGAACUCGCAGAUAAGGAGAAGAAAAUCAAAGUAUUGUCAGAGAAAAACAAAUUGCUUCAAAAAGCUCAAGAGAAUGACUCUUACACACAGACUGCAGAGCUAGAAAACAAGUGUUAUGAGCUUCAGGAACAGAUUCAUCAAAUGGAGACAUUCCUAGCAGACUAUGGGAUGGUGUGGGUCGGGGAAGAGACAGGAAACAACUCGGACGAUGACGAUAGUGAGGACGAGUUAUGGAGACCUGCGUCCUCAGUAUCACAACAGCCAACAUUUAAAGUGGACUACAACAAACUCAUAGAGAACAUCAGAGACUUGAAUGCACUGGCAGGGGAGGGAAGUGCGUUCAUAACACAGACAAAAGAUGGAGCUAGGUUAAAGAUGCAAGAUUCAGUCCAGUUGACGUUAUACGCCAAUGGAUUCUUGAUGUUCAAUGGCCCAUUUCGCCCGUUCACAGACCCAGUCACACAGACGUGUGUACAGGACAUGCUGGAUGGCUACUUCCCGAGCGAGCUACAGGGCAGAUACCCGGAUGGUGUGCCCUUCAAUGUAACAGACAGACGUGAGGUCCACUAUGAAGAUAAGCGGGCAGAUAUUUUCACAGGGGAGGGGCAGACACUGGGUGGGGAAGUUGUGCCAUCAAGACUGGUUCCAACAAAACUGGUGGAAAACACAAAGUCUACAUCAACAGAGAGAGAACCAGUAAGCAAUAGUGAGAAAAGGGAGACAACUAGUGAAAGACCUGGACCCCAGUUAACAAUAGAACAGUUCCUUAAUAAAUUACCUAAGUCAGUGAUGAAGGCAGGGAAGAUUAUUGAUAUCCGGAGCUCAGUUGGAGACUCCAUGCAGGGAGGGAAACAAGGGCCAGGUGAAGUGACAUUGAUUGAGACUGACACAGUUCUUGCCAUGAGGAAAAGGUUAGAGGGAAAUGAGCCUGUACGUCCGUUCACCCCGCGUGACAUCACAACGUUACGAAUCAAGUCAGAGGACGGGAACCACACAUACAUCCUCAAGAUGAGGUUCUCAGACACCAUAGGAGAUCUGCGUCAUUACAUUGUAAAACAAAGAGGUGACGUUUGUCAAGCAUUCGACAUUGUGUCUGCCCAUCCUACCACAGCCCAUACAGACGACAGUAUGACGCUACUGGAUGCCGGCCUUACUCCCAAUGCCGUCGCACACCUCAAGAAAAAAACUUAGCAUGAAUAAUCAAGUUGUUGAGUGUUUUAAAUUAAUGACAGUUGUGCAUUUAUGGGGGACAGAAAAUGCCAUGAGAUUAUAAAACAAGUCAACUUUGACUGGGAUCUGAAGCAUUGGUUAUUUGUUUUACUUAUAGAUGGUGGAUUUUUUUUUAUUAUCUUGUCUAGAAUUAGAUGCUGCAUGAAGGUAUUUCAGAUGUCGGAGUGAAGGAGUCGAGAACAAAGUCUUCAUAAAGUAUGAUCUGAGAUAUUUUGUUUAUUUGUGUUUGUGAAAAUGCAUAAAUUGUCCUAGAAAGCUUUUUUGCAAAUGUAUAACAAAUUUUAAUCCAUUCAUAUGAGUCAUCAUUUAAAAGCUUUAUUGGUUUUGAAUUGCCAAUUAAGAAAUGUAGUGAUUCGUAAUUGUGUAGUUCCGGAUGCACAAAUAUUUCAAGUUGUUUUAGAACUGAACAGCUAGUGAUCAGUGAUAUGAUUGCCUCAUAUUAUACAUUCCAAUUUUAAAACAUUGUACACAUUACCUUUGAUAUACCAUUUGUGAUGAUUUGUAUUUAUUAUGCAACACAAAACUGCUGAAAUAUUGUGAUCUGUUUCCUUAUUACCCUAUAUCUCACUGUUAGUGGGUUUGUAUUUUUUAUUGAUACACAUGUACAUGUACAAACUCCAUUCAACAGUUAAUUCCUUUUGCUGUAUAGUAAUCGCUGCCAUCAGUGAGAUGAAGGAACCACUUUUAAGCAUUCUUAAAGCCAACAUUUAGUUGAAUUAGGUCAACUUUUAACCAGAAAAAAUGUUACUUGUGAGCAUACCCUUAAUCUAGAAUUUUGUUUAUUCUGAUCUCAAAAUUUUGCCAUAUCGGGGGAAACAAAAUGUAUUUGUACGCCAGGGCGUACUGAAGUAUGCCUAAGUACGCCCCUGAUAUUUGAACUACUUCUUCACUGUGUUCAAACAUGAAGGGCAUUGAAACGCUUGUAAAAAGGGUUGCUGAAAUAUAUCUUUUUAUGGUUCCUAGUUAGAAGAGAUGUUAGGAAACCCAGCUUAAAUGUGUACAUGUAUUAUAUGUAACUACACUUACAUGGAGUCAAAGAAGUUGAAAUCGAGUUGAUAAGUCAUUCCACUAAGUCCUUAUUUUGUAUGCCUACCUUAGGCCCAGUAAAAUUUGCAGAAGUAUGCUGCUUUCCAUUGGGCUAUGUUUGUGGGGUUGAUCAUAUAUUUGUUUUGACUAUCGGCUAGAUAGGUGGCACACAUACAGAGAUGACAUGGCACACAUGUAAGUAGUUCACACAUAUACCGGUAAAUAGUCCAAUCAGGAAAGUAGUGUUCUGCAUCUUCCCAAGUGUCAUUUUUAUUUUAUCCAUUUGUCAGGAGAAAGUAUUUGUGAUGAUCUGAUAUAAUUUUUUAUUAUCAUAUGUUUGUACAUGCAAUGAUUAUAUCCGUCCUACUGUACAACUGUUGUUGUGUUGUUGAUUUAACAGAAACUGGAAAAAUAAAUAGAAAAUAAUA